AUGCAAGACUGUUUCGUGACGGCAGCUGUGGGCAGCAACAUCAUCGGUCACGGCUGCGUCAUCGGCUACCCCGCCAUCCUGCUGCCGCAGCUGCUGCCACCAGACUCCGAGUUCCAGUUGGACCCUGUGGCUGCCUCAUGGAUUGCAUCAAUUCUGGGCAUCACGCAGCUGGUGGGCAGCUUCAUCUCACCCCCCAUCAUGGAGAGAUGCGGCAGAAGGAUGGCACACUUCGCAGCCACCAUACCCAACCUGGUGGGCUGGUUCAUCAUCACUAUGGCUCCAAACUUUGAGAUCCUCUUCGCUGCACGAAUACUUCAAGGUCUAUCAAUUGGCAUGCUAUCACCUCUUCGGUCAGUCCUCAUUGGAGAAUACGCGAGCCCCAAAAACAGAGGAGCCUUUCUAACAACCGUUUCCUUAGCCCAAUCCUUUGGAGUAUUCUUCGUACACUUGAUCGGAUCUCUGCUCAGUUGGCAGCAGACAGCACUGGUCUGCGUAUUCUUUCCUUUCGCAAGCUUCGUCAUGACCAUGUACUCUCCAGAGACACCGAGCUGGCUGGUAACAAAGGGAAGACAUGAAGAAUGUCGAAGAGUAUUCCACUGGCUUAGAGGUCACGGUGAAGACGAUGAACUAGAUGAAAUGAUAGAGAGCAGACUUCUCUUCGAAAAGGCGAAGAUCUCAGCGAGUUUUGGAAAAAAGAAGAACCGUUUACGAAGAAUGUUGACUACAAUACAGAAGAAAGAGUUUUAUAAGCCAAUCAUUCUGAUGUUACACGCUCAUGUGUUGGUCAACUUUGCUGGUGGUACUACCAUGUCUGCAUACUCAACUUUGAUCAUAGGUGUAGUGAUGGGACCUGAAGUCAACGCUCACUUCUGGAUGAUAUUUUUGGGAGCACAAAGAUUUAUCUCGAAUACUUUAGCAGUGUUUGCUAUAAACAAAUUCAAGAGACGAACCAUGAUGUUUGCUACUGGUGGUCUCUCAAUCUUCACCCAGUUUGCUUUAGCUGGUUACGUGUACUUCAAGCAACAAGGGACUCUCCCAUACGAUGCGUUAUGGAUACCAAUAUUACUGAUCAACAUGAAAUUCUUUGCGGUAGCUACAGGCAUGUUACCAUUACCAAAUGUGAUUGGUGGAGAAGUUUUUCCAUUGGAGUACCGAAGUAUUGGUGGAACCAUCAGUUUGGCAUCCUUCUCAGCAACGUUCUUCUUAGUCCUCAAAACAUUUACAGGUUUAGUGGAUAGUGUAGGCAUGUAUGGAGCUUACAUGGUAUAUGGUGGUAUCAUCACAUACUGCAUGGUAGUCAUCUGGUUCUUGCUGCCGGAGACUAAAGACAAGACAUUACAACAGAUAGAAGAUGAGUUCAGAGGUAGACCGCUGGCUCCUGAGGAGAUUGAGGUCAGGAAGUCGCUGCAGGCAGACCCGAUAGUACAAUAUAAGAGGAGAAUGUCGGAAAGGAGAUGUAGUAGUCCGAUACCAUUUUAAAUUGGAUUACACUUUAGCAAAUAUUAUAUUAAGUAGUUUGAUAAGUAGAAUGUACAGAAUAUAAAUAUUUAUUAUA